CUGGCGUGGCAUCAAAUGCGUUACUAAUAUAAUAUAUAAAAAACGGAUCAUUAAAUAUUUGGCACAUAAACAAUACAGCAAUUGUCACAAUUUAUUACCCAAGUAAAUUAGUUUUUCGCAUGUGGCAUUUUUAAACUGAAUAAGUGUUGAGUUAUAUUUAGAAACUGUAAGGGCUUCAGUAAGCAGUUUAUGGUCAGCUCAAGAGCUUUGUACGACAUUUUGGAUCAGAUCUUGAAUUACUCCAACUACGAUAUGGAGCAAUACGUAUUAGGCAUUGACAUCGGAACCACUUCCGUUAAAACCAACAUAGUAAAUACCACGAACAACACUGUAGAGGCUAGAUACAUUAAAGAAACUCAAUCCAACAUUCCCAAUGACAUCACCCCUGGUGCCAACAUUCAGGAUGUCCCGAAAAUUGUCUCUGCUUUAAAUUUUUGCGUUUCCAAAUUGCCCAAGCAUCUUCUUAGCCAAAUCUCAGCAAUUGGUUUGUGCAACCAAAUGCACGGUGUGGUGUGCUGGGGCAACAGCAUCAUGCAACGGUCGUGGGCGAUGAUCGAAAAGGACAAAGACAAAAACUUCCGAUUCGAUGUUGUACCAGAUAACGUGUCUUCACUUUUUACGUGGCAAGAUAAUAGAUGCGAUCCCGACUUUUUGUCGUCUUUACCAUUACCAAAUUCCCAUAUCAACCUCGCCUCUGGUUAUGGCAUACCUACAUUGUGUUGGUUCCUGAAAAACAAACCUGAGUUCCUAAAACCAUAUAACUGCGCCGGCACCAUCGGCGAUUUUGUGGUUGCCAUGUUGUGUAACCUGGAUUCUCCCGUCAUGUCCGAUCAAAAUGCCGCGUCCUGGGGCUACUACGAUUGCGCUUUGUCUGAUUGGAACACGGAACUCUUGGAAGUAAUGGGUUUUCCAUUGAAAUUCCUGCCAAGCGUCGAGCCAGCCGGCGCCUGUGCUGGGUACUUGAUCGAAAAUUGGCAUUCCAUUCCCGCUGGAACACCAAUAGGUGUCGCCUUGGGAGACAUACAAUGCAGCGUUCUGUCUUCCAUCGAGCAUCAAAAAGACGCCAUCCUGAACAUUUCGACUUCCGCUCAAAUCUGCUACGUUGCCAGCAAGUUCAGCCCCACUUCCGGUCCGCCGAAAUUCGGACCGCUCGAGUACUACCCUUACUUUAACGGCCAGUACGUCGCCGUCGCCGCCUCUCUGAACGGCGGCAACUCUUUGACGUCUUUCGUGAAGAUGUUGCAGCAGUGGGCGCUGGAGUUGGGAUACUCCGUGCCGCAAUCUAAGGUUUGGGAUAAGGUUUUAUCGCUUGGUAACGAUGAAAGUGCGCAGUCCAAUCUUGAAAUCCGUCCGACAUGUUUAGGAGAAAGAUACGAUCCAACAAUAAGGGGUAGUAUUAAUAAUAUUUCACAGGAUAAUCUUCGUCUGGGGCAAGUUUUUUCAGCGCUGUGCAAGGGAAUGGUUGAAAACCUUCACGAUAUGAUGCCCAGCAGCCUCCUGUACGAAGCCAAAAUAACUCGUAUCCUUGGCAACGGAAAGGGCCUUCUCCGUAAUCCGAUCCUUCAAAAACAUAUCGAAGAAAUUUAUCAGCUGCCUCUGGUGAUAGUGCCCGGAGGCGAAGCUGCAACUGGAGCAGCUAUGGCGAUGACUACAACUAGUAACAGUACAACUAAUAUGAGUAGAAGAAGUGUUAUGUCACAUUCAAUUCAGUAAAAUUUUGUGUUUUAUAUUUUUUUGAAAUGUUUAUGUGUUUUAAUAAAAUGAUUAGAAAGCUUGUUCGUACGAGUUCGUACGACCCCUAUAAACAUAUUUGUUUUUAUAGUGUUUGCCAUAAAUGUUG